GUCUCAUAUCUCUCAUUCCCAAAAUUCCAUCCAAGUCCUCCAUACCCUAGAGCCUCAAUAAAGAAAUCCAUAAUUCCACCCCUUAAAUCCGUAUCCAAAACUUCUUCUAUCCGGAGAACGGAUCCAUGGCUGAUGCUAAGGGAGCUCAUUUUAAUGGUGCCUAUUAUGGAGCACCUCAAGGAGUCACCGUCCCUCCUCCUCAAGCUUAUCAUAGGCCACCGAGAGGCAAGGGUUGUGGCCCUUGCUGUAUUCUUACUGGUUUGAUCAAGUUGGCUGUCGCGAUCGUGGUCACACUGGGUAUCGUUGCCCUAGUUGUGUGGCUCGUCUUGCGCCCGAACAAGGUCAAAUUCUAUGCCGAAAAUGCAUCCUUGACACAGUUUAACCUCUCUGGGACAAACAACCUCCAGUACAACCUGCAGUUGGAUAUAAGCAUUAGAAACCCGAACAAGAGGAUCGGGAUUUACUACGAUAAGGUUGAUGCCAUGGCUUAUUAUGAAGGUGAGAGGUUCGGUUGGGCUCCCUUGCCGGCCUUCUACCAGGGCCACAAGAACACUACGGUGAUCCAACCCAAGUUCACAGGACAACAACUCUUGCUUUUGAACAGCCAUGAAGUCGCUCAAUUCGGACACAGCACAUCUCAGGGAUUUUUCUAUAUCGAUGUUAAACUAUACUUGAGGGUCAGGUUCAAGGUUGGAUCCUUUAAGAUCAAGACCAAGCGUUUCUCACCAGAGAUUGAAUGUGAUCUAAGGAUCCCUCUGGGAUCCAAUUCCACCACUGGGUUCAGCAGGAAGAGAUGUGACAUUGACUAUUGGUGAUUGUUCGACUUCUUGUGGUUUUUAGCUAUUCUUUAAUUAUUUUUUUUUUUUGCUUUACGUUUUGGUUUUAUUGCUUGAUUCCAUGUCUUCUAUUGUCAUUUUGUCCUUUUCCUAUGCACAUUUUUGUAGUAUUGGGCCAGGUUUCCUUGUAUAUUCCCUUGGUUAUAAUAAAAUUGAUAUAGUUGUUUUGAUUA